CUGAGGGAUGGACCGGUUUCCGGAUGGUCCGCCGAUUGGAUCUUCCCCCGUGUCCCCGGUCCGGUUCCGGGGCCGGUGGUGUCGUUAGCGGCGGGAGAGCUGGGUGCCCCCGCACCCCCCCCAGCCAUGCAGUCCCGGCUGCUGCUCCUCCCGGCGGGUGGCGGUGCCGCGGCGGUGGCCGCCCUGCGGAGACUCUCCAACAUCGCGCUGAAGCCGCUAAGUGGAGCCCGGGCCCUGGUCCCGGUCCGAGUCAGGCGCCUGGAGACGGCGGCAGGUGACAUAAUUAGCAUUGGCGAUGUUCAAUUUAAGCUGAAGCAACCAAAAAACCCUGAACUGGUACCCUUGAAACACAUGUUGGAACCCUUACCUCAGGCACUGGCACAGCACCUUCGAUGGAUCAUGCAGAAAGAUCUGUUGGGACAAGAUGUUUUCCUAAUAGGUCCACCUGGUCCUUUACGACGCUCCAUUGCUAUGCAGUAUUUGGAGCUGACCAAACGAGAGGUAGAGUACAUGGCGCUAUCCAGGGAUACAACUGAGACAGACCUUAAACAACGCAGAGAGAUCCGAGCAGGAACAGCCCUUUACCUUGAUCAGUGUGCUGUUCGAGCUGCAACUGAAGGCCGGAUAUUAGUGCUGGAAGGUCUGGAGAAGGCCGAACGGAAUGUCCUACCUGUUUUAAACAACCUGCUAGAAAACAGAGAGAUGCAGCUGGAAGAUGGGCGUUUCCUCAUGUCUGCAGAUCGCUAUGACAAACUGCUCAAGGAGCAUACAAAGGAGGAGCUAGACGCAUGGAAGAUUGUGCGAGUUAGCGAGGAUUUCAGAGUAAUAGCCCUGGGUCUGCCAGUCCCGAAGUAUCCUGGAAACCCUCUAGAUCCUCCACUUCGUUCAAGGUUUCAGGCCAGGGACAUUUAUAGCCUGCCUUUUAAGGAUCAGUUGGCACUCUUAUAUGCUGUUGGACCAAAUGUACCCUCUGAAAGAGUAUCUCAGAUGUUAUCCUUUGCAACAACCCUCUGCUCUCAAGAGUCCACAACUCUUGGUCUUCCUGAGUUCCCUGCAGAUAACUUGGCAGCUCUCAUUAAGAUCAUGGAUGUGAUUCCCAUGCUCUCUGCCCAACAACUGCUUCACAGACUUUAUCCAUAUGAUUUAAUACUUGGGAAGGAAGGUCGAACUGGAGUGGACGAUGUAUUGAAGACGUUUGAGUUACUGGACUCUUCAAGUUCAUUGACCACAAAGACAGUUCUUGGCAUAAAAGAAAUCACUGGACAGGCUUCACAAGCCAUAGCUACUCUUCAAAUUGGUGACAAAGAAGUGGCCUUUCAGAUUCCUGUUGGAACAAAACGAUUAAAGUUUCACAAUGGGUCACCAAACUUCGUCAGAACGUCCAGUCACGACAGACUCCUGGCCGAAAUGAUUCAGUCACACAUGGUAAAGGACCUCUGUCUAAUUGGUGGAAAGGGUUGUGGCAAAACUGUGAUUGCUAAGGAAUUCGCUGACCUGUUGGCUUACAGAAUUGAGCCCAUCACACUAUAUCAGGACAUGACUGCCAGAGAUUUGCUUCAGCAGAGGUACACUCUUCCUAAUGGUGACACUGCUUGGCGACACGCACCACUGGUCACUGCUGCCUUAGAAGGAAAGCUGGUAGUCCUUGAUGGCAUUCAUCGUGUCAACCCUGGAACACUGGCAGUUCUUCAGAGGUAAUUUAAGUUGUUUCACGAUAUUGUUUUGCGUCUACUUGUAUUGCCAAAAUUUAAAGCAAUUUUUUCUACAACUUGUUCCCUAUGUGAUUCCAGGUUGAUUUAUCCCAUCCAUCCAUCCUUCAGGAUCUUAGCCUUGGCCGAGCCUCCUGUUGUGGGCAGUAGCACUCAACAAUGGCUGGGAUCGGAGUUGCUAACAAUGUUCCUGUUUCACAGUAUAAGACCGCUUGCAUUGAAAGAAGAGGCUGAAGUCCUUAGAAAUAUAACUCCGCAUGUCCCAAAAGAGGCUGUUGCACAAUUGUUGCGAUUUACACACAAGCUUCGGCAGGCCAGCGACCCUACAGUGCAGUCUCUGGCCUCAUCUCUUUCUACACGACAGUUACUGCGAAUCUGCAACCGCUUCUCUCACUAUCCCGAAGAGAGUCUGUACCAUGCUGUAAAUAAAGCAUGUCUUUCCAGGUUUUUGCCAAACCUUGCUCGAUCAGCUUUGCAGAAAAAUCUGAAGGAUUCAGGGAUUGAGGCAACAUCUGAUGAUGUGGAGCACCAGAAGGAGGCCGACAUCAGAUGUGAAAUCAAGGCUGGAAUUCUUACAAUUGGGAGGGUUUCUGUUCCAUUGUACAAUCCAGAUGAAAAGAUGAAAGUACCAGAUGUCCUCUUUUAUGAAAACACUCAGCACAUGGAGGUAAUGGAGGAUAUGCUCAAGGACUUCCUGCUCGGUGAGCAUCUUCUGUUGGUUGGAAAUCAGGGUGUGGGCAAAAACAAGAUCGUUGACCAUUUCCUGCAUCUAUUGAAUAGACCCCGGGAAUAUUUACAGCUUCACAGGGACACCACAGUGCAGAGUCUCACUCUCCAACCAUCUGUACAACAGGGGAUUAUCACUUAUGAAGAUUCUCCUCUGGUCAAAGCUGUUAAAUUGGGACACAUCCUGGUCAUUGACGAGGCUGACAAGGCACCAACCAAUGUCACCUGUAUCCUGAAAACAUUAGUGGAAAGUGGUGAAAUGAUCCUCUCUGAUGGAAGGCGUAUUGUUGUUGAUCCCACCAGUGCUGAAGGAAGACCUGAUCUGAUAGUUGUUCAUCCAGAUUUCCGAAUGAUUGUGCUGGCUAACAGGCCAGGCUUUCCUUUCUUGGGUAAUGAUUUCUUUGGUGCGCUGGGUGAUAUUUUUAGCUGCAAUGCAGUUGAUAACCCCAAGCCCCGAUCUGAGCUUGCCAUGCUUCGGCAGUAUGGCCCUGAUGUGCCAGAGUCAAUCCUUCAAAAGCUUGUGUCUGCCUUUGGCGAGUUGAGGAAUAUGGCUGAUCAAGGAAUAAUAACCUACCCUUAUUCAACAAGGGAGGUUGUUAACAUUGUAAAACAUCUCCAGAAAUUCCCCACGGAGGGACUCGCAAAUGUCGUUCGGAAUGUGUUUGAUUUUGAUUCCUACAACGGCGAAAUGCGUGAAAUCCUGAUUAACACCCUGCACAAGCAUGGGAUACCAAUAGGAGCCAAAUCUACUAAUGUGCAGCUGGCCAAGGAGUUGCCUUUGCCAGACUGUAAAUUAACCAGCCACUGGACUUUCAACCAACCAGAAAGCACACGCUGGAAACUUCCUAUAAAGACUCAGCAGACAGAUGUCAAGGGUCCGGUGUACCUGAAGGUCCAGGGAUAUCCAUUAGAACGGCAUGAGUCAAGGGGCUUCAGCUUCACCGAGCACCAAGCCCAUUGGAGAAUUCCCCUGCAUGAAGUUAAUAUUGUUUGUGAUGUUGCCACAGUCAAAGGUGAAGCCAAAGACUCAAUUUUUAUAGCAACCUGCAAUCCGGUCUCUCUGUACUCGAUGACCACACCUGGCAACGCCAUACAAUGCAUGGAUCUGUAUGACAUCUUCCCCCGGAAUUCUGGUGGCUUCUGGCAACCUUUUGUGACAGUGGCUCCAUUGGGUCAACCUCUACAUGACCAGGUUGUGCUUCAUGAGGAGCAGAGUAACGUGAUCCUGCUAUUGAAUUUGACCAAUGGUGCAGUCAGUCGUAUCAUCUCUGGAGAAGAACAGCAAGCCCCCAAGAAAGCGUACUGGUGGGCGAAUAGAGAUGACAGGAACAUUUACAAAAUGUGCAGAGAAUUUUCACACAAAAAUUGGCUGGUGUUCUACAAGAAACAAGGGACUUCCUUGGAUGUGUUAGAUGUUCUCGAGGCCCGUAGCCACUCUAUAACUCUGCCAAUUGAAGUUAACUCUGUUCAUUUAGUGGCUGAAGACAGGUGGUUGUUGGUGGAAAGUAAGACAAACAAAAAGUUCCUCCUGACGAAGCCAAUGAGUGUUGGAUCUGACUUGUCUGGAGCUUGUCAGCUGCAUAUGAUCCAUGAGGAGCCAGUCAGCACGGGAUUCGGGAACACAGCGGCCCUGGAGCUUUCAAGCCCUGAUAUGGUGUCAAAGGAAGAAUUACCCUCAGAAAACCUGAGUGUAGCACUUGGCCAGAAGAUUGUGUCUCCAAAUCGGAUCCUGUCUGAUGAAAACAGCUAUGCAACAAUUGUUGUCGGGUUUCCAGAUCUAAUGUCUCCCAGUGAGGUGUACACAUGGAAACGAAAGGCUUCAUUGGACAGUGCUGGUGCUGUCUCCCCAAAGAGUAGGUUCUUCAGAGGGAGCUCUGAGUCUGCGAGUGUGAAACAAUCCAACUGCAUCACCCUGGCAGGAGCCAACCAGGUGAUUCGAGCUGUUGCUGCUGAAGACGUUCCAAUAAGUGAAAUCUACCCAAAAGAUGUGAAGCCUCCAAACACAGCAGGAUUCUUGGAAGUGACAGAUCUGAACUCCAAAAGGAUUAAAUAUAUUCCCAUUCCAAGUGCACUUAUCAUCUCUCCAUACACACAGUGGCUAUCUAAAAUCUCAGGCACAGAUGUCCUGAUCGCACCUAUUGGAACGGGUGGAGUGGUGACAGUGGACAUGGGAGGGCAUGUGCGUCUGUGGGAAACUGGAUUUGAUCACUUACAGCGCUCCCUGCUGGAGUGGAGGACCAUGAUUGGACAGGAGGAUGGACGCCCCCUACAGAUUACAGUAGAGAGGGACAGUGGAUUGGAUGUGACUGCCCCUAAACAUGGAAGAAUUGAUGUGGAUAACACCCCGCAUGUUGGGGGCAAUACAUGGGCAGGAGGAACUGGUGGAAGAGACACUGCUGGACUAGGUGGGAAAGGUGGUCCCUAUCGUUUGGAUGCAGGGCACAAAGUGUACCAAGUGUCACAGGCUGAAAAGGACGCAGUGCCAGAAGAAGUGAAAAGAGCUGCAAGAGCGAUGGCUGAGAAAGCCUUCAAGGAAAGGUUAAAGGAAAUUCAUAUGAGUGAAUAUGAUGCUGCAACAUAUGAGAGGUUUUCAGGCGCCAUACGCCGACAAGUCCAAUCAAUACGAGUCAUUCUCGACAGCCUACAGGCUAAGGGCAAAGAGAGGCAAUGGCUGCGGCACCAGUCAAUUGGAGAACUCGAUGACACCAAAAUAAUCGAUGGCUUGACAGGAGAGAAGGCGAUUUAUAAACGUAGAGGGGAGUUGGAACCCGAGCUCGGCAGUCCCCAGCAAAAGCCCAAGCGUCUCCGGCUUUUGGUGGAUGUCUCUGGGAGUAUGUACCGCUUCAACGGACUGGACGGCAGGCUGGAGCGCUCCAUGGAGGCUGUCUGUAUGGUUUUAGAAGCCUUUGAGAAUUACGAGCAUAAGUUUAAGUAUGACAUUGUUGGUCACUCAGGAGAUGGAUUCAACAUUGAGCUAGUCAGGAGCAACAAACUUCCAAGAAACAACAAGGAGAGGCUUCAGAUUAUGAAGACAAUGCACGCCCAUUCCCAAUUUUGUAUGAGUGGAGACCAUACUCUUGAAGGAACAGAGCACGCAAUCCAAGAGGUUGCCAAGGAAGAGGCAGAUGAACAUUUUGUCAUUGUUCUGAGUGAUGCUAAUCUGGAACGAUAUGGCAUAAGCCCUGCAAGGUUCACCCAAGUCUUAACUUGCAACCCUCAGGUUAAUGCGUUCGCCAUUUUCAUUGGAUCCCUGGGUGACCAAGCAGUAAGGCUGCAACAGAUUCUGCCAGCAGGGAGGUCCUUCGUUGCCAUGGACACAAAACAAAUCCCACAGAUUCUACAACAGAUCUUCACAUCCACUAUGUUGUCGACAGCCUAAGGACUGUCCUGUUGAGAGCAUCGUGCACGCAGGAGAUGGUGGGAAAAGCUACAUGCAAGAUUGAUCUGUUGAAUGCCUACACAAUGACUGCCUUGACCCCACUGUCAGGUUUAGUUGGCAGGAAUCUCGCAAUCCUCUGGACUGCAUUGGGAUAGUGACACCUAUCCUCCACUUUACAUGUGAGUGAGCAUUAGAGGACUCUUAGUCCAAUGUGGGAUGGUGCCUUUUCCUGAAUUUCUUUAUGUCUUCAUAAACAGAUGGUAAAAGAAUACCUGUAUGAUAAGUAGAUUCAUGUAGACAUUACUGCCAACCUGCCAUGACAGUAGAAUCAUACUUUUAAACUGGUGAGUCAAUUCUCCAAUCUCCAGGAGGAAGUGCUGCAAAGAUCCUUAUUUGGAAAGUGAUGCAUUGAAAAGCAAUUUGAAGUGCUUUGAUUUCAGGAGGUCCAGCCCUCUGGCCACAUAGUGGAUAGACAUUCAAGGCACAUGGUGCAAUUAUAUCCCAUUUCCUUCAGUGACCUUUCAGUAUAAACAAGAGCAAGGGAGGAACUCCUGCUCAAAAUAAAACUGGGUGUAGGUACACCAAAGUAAGAGGGGAGCGAGGGAAAGUCACUGAAAGGGACACUGUUUCUUAGCCCAAACUAAGCAGCUCUGAAAUAGGAAUGGUGUUGAAACAAAAGGAUGUCCACGACACUGACUGUGUUUUUCACACUCUUCCUCUGCUUCUACUGUGCUGUGUGACCAAUUACUGCUAGGCUGGCUAGCUCCUGAUCAAUCAUCCCUUCAAACUUACUUUGCUGCCUCUGUCCUUUCAAAUCUUUUAGUUAAUGCUGAGCUGUAAGGAGCUCUGGCUCAAUCUUCCAGAGAGUUGACAAGAUGCUUUUCCCUGCAACAUAUAUACGAAGUUAGAUUUCUGUGUCAGAUCCAACACUUCAACAGGGUCUGAAACGCCCAUCUCUUAAAUUAAUCUGUGAAAGUAUUAAAAUAUAAUUUACACACAAGAUUGCUUGGAAUAUUAGGGAAGUAGAUGUAAAUGAUGCAAUGUUUAAAAAGUGAUUUAUUUUGUAACAUUAUAUAUGCACAGAAUAAAGUUUAAUAUAUUUUAUCACCUCAGAUACAUUCUCGCAAUUAAUUAUUA